AUGGCAAAUUUCAAUGCACAAAUGUCAGAUACGGAAAUUUCCCUGGAAAAGCUGAAAAUCGCGGAGGAUAAAAACGGUAUGACCGAUCAGGAACAGGAGAAACCGGCGGCGGCGCCGGUUCUGUACCCAUUGAAGCGACACUGGACCUGGUGGUACUUGAACGACGAGCGCGCAAAAUCGUGGGAGGAGCGUCUGAAGAAGGUGUACACCUUCAACACUGUCCCAGAAUUCUGGGCUCUCUACGACGCGAUCCGCCCACCAAGUGGUCUCAACGCAAUGUGCGACUACAACGUCUUCCGUGACGGAAUCCAGCCAAUGUGGGAGGUCCCCGAGAACUCAAACGGUGGACGUUGGCUCAUUGUCAUCGACAGAACCAAGACGCCGGAGAUGGUCGACGCGAUCUGGUUGGAGAUUCUGAUGGCGUUGGUUGGGGAGCAAUUCGGAAAGGACAUGGAGUCGAUCUGCGGAUUGGUGUGCAAUGUCAGAGCGAAAGGAUCGAAGAUCAGUGUCUGGACCAAGGAUUGCAACGAUGACGAGACCAACUUGAGAAUCGGAAUCGUCCUCAAGGAGAAGCUGAUGGCCGCCUCGAAAGAUCUUCCCAAGCCACUCUUCGACGUGAUCCGCUACGAAGACCACGAAAGUUGCCAGAAGAAGACGAGCUCCGUCGUCAAAGCCAAACUCUCGUUGCACUCGGCCGAAACUGCGGAAAACGGAAUGUGA